AUGUCAACAAUACCACAGCUACGCAAGCGGGUCACAUCGCACACGCGACGUCGUUCCAACGCUGAGCCCAAGCCACCGACUUCGACCGAGGCAGUUGUCGUUGAAUCGGCUCCCUCUAAGGAAAAUCGGUUGUCACGAUUGCCGAGUACAGUCAGUCAAUUGGAUAUCAUUCAUGAAGUUGAUGAAGUGAAGCGCGAAGACGUGAAGGAGACAGUUGGUGAUGGGGCCGCUUGGUGGAAAAGUCUGAGAGCAUAUGGUGGAGACAUCAUAGGGCGCUUUUGUGGUCGUUGA